CCCGUGACCAACGAGAGCCUCCUGAAAACAGCCGGACCGUUUUACUAAAAGGCUGAGACUUCGCUUAUCUUACGAUGGUGGCGUUUCCUUAGUUUAUUAGUUGUACUAAAUAAAUAACAGCAACUGAAACUCUGGUUUAUUUUUUUUCCCACCAGUACAAAUGACGCAGGCCUGCCGCAUGUUGGCUGCCCCACUUAACACCAUUGUGUUGGUAAUUAACAUCUCCACACCUCCCAAACGUCCACUCCUAUCGACGUAGCUGACGGCUCCUUUUCUAGGUGCUCGUCAGAUUCUUUGGUGCUGCAUUUCUUUCCCAAACAGCGAACCCAGGCGCUCGUAGCUGCAGCGUGCUUUGCGGUCAUUUCCCGCAGCACGUGAACCUGCAACCCGCAGGUGGGACCCAUUGAGAGGAUGGCGGUGGGAGCCACCGGGACGGGCCGAGGCUUCGUUGAUUCAGACCUGAUGGGUGCUCACGAUUCACCUGCUGCAGAACGCUAUACCAGUAUAGAAAGACCAUUCUGAAGACAAAGCUAAAGAACAGACACACACUGAACUUCAUAAGACAUCUGAACUGCACAAAAGCCCCACAAGAACAACCUGACCACUAGGAAAAACCAUACAGACCUUGAACUAGAUGAGUUUCUGUGUCCCAGAAGUCUUAAAUGUAACGUGUGCCUGGAGAUGUUCUCUCCUAAAAGAAAAUUGAGCGUCCAUCUCUGUCGGAUGCAAACAGGAUCUUCUGAAAACCAUGGUGAAGAUGACACUAAAACCCCUUCAACUUCCUGUCCAAAGCUAAAUUGGUCUCCUGGUUACAUGUCAAGCAAACCCUAUCAGUGUGCACUUUGCUGCGUCUCCUAUAGCUGCUCCAUCAGCCUGAAGAGUCACCUGAGGUCAGUAUUGCACCAGACGCGCAGCAGAAAUGCUGACCGUCCAUCUAGCUGUACAACAGAGAAUUUGAGAAACGCUAAAGCUAACACCUCAUCUACAAAUUGUGCUAUAAACUCUGCGACCAGUAUGUCCACCUCACCCUCCAUAAUGUUCUCGCUCCACAACGCCAGUGCCAGCACUAGUGCCUCCACCAUCCCUCUGCCUCGGGUCACAUCGCAGCAGGAGUUUCUGUCCCUGUCCAUUAGCAGCCUUCAGACGCAGAACCAGAAUCUAAAUCCAGGUGCACCUGGUCAAGUUUUGACUCCGAGUUUGAGUUCUGCGCAAGUUCUCUUGGCAGAAAAAACCCAUGGCAUACAGAAUUUGGGACUAUCAGUAGAAUUUUCUACAGCCCACUCAACCUCAUCUGAAGAAAAGAUGAUAGAAAAAGCAGAGGACAUUGCAGAAGGUGUGGAUGAGAUAGUAUAUAAAAAAGCCAGUGACAGAGUGCAUUUGGAGCCAGAGAAUGCAAACUUGUCACUGAAGGACACUUAUGCAGGCCUGAAGAUAAAAGAGGAGUGUGCAGGGAGCAAGGGCAUCGGGAUCAGAAGUCCCCUAAAAUAUACCAAGAAGGGGGGCGUUCAGGAUGGAGAAGAAAAUGGGAUGGGUGGAGAGAACACAACAGACACAAAAAAUUAUGGAGUGCAGAUGCAAUUUAAACCGUGUCAAAAUAGUGAACGGCAAAUUGCAGUACCUUGUGAAGCGGUUCCUCAAAGUCCAUUGGCAUUCCGAUCUUCUCGUGACACAAUCCUCCCUCAGAGUGCCCCACUGCCUUGUAGCACAUCCCCAUCCAGCAACACUCAACUUAGUACCACAAACUUUCAAUUUUCCCUGAGACCCAGCAGCAAUCUGCAGAACUCUCACACUGACAUAAGCGCAAAGCACUGCUUAACUGAGAGUCUCGAAUUCAGCUCUGAAGACAGAGCCGUAAAACCACAUUUCACACUGCCUGGAACUGAUUCUAAACUGUCUGAGGUGGCUCUUCAGGAUUAUACUGGUGUGGAUCUGAAAUAUUCCCAAACUAAACCAUUGACGCUGUCAGACUUUCAAUCACAGGUGUUACGGGCUUUCCUUGAGUCCCAGAGCCAAGCAGAUGUAGCUGGCCCUUCCCAGCAGGAUUGUGAGGAACUGGCCAGGGAGGUGGGACUCAGUGUGGUGGAGAUCCACACGUGGUUUGGGGAUGUUCAAAAGACUAAAGAGCGACAGAAUAGCAUAGAAGGGAAGGAUGGCAUCCAUCCAGUCACUAUUGCAGUUGACCACAGUAAAGAUAUUAGGAAGAGGAACCAUGAUAAAAAUGUAAACAACAGAGAAAUUGGAGGCCAAGAAAACUUCUGUCACACUUCUGAGUCAAACCAGGAAGAAUUUUACACUGUGGCCACUGUAACAGAUGAGGAAAGUCAAAGCAGCCUUGAGCAGGACGAACAAAGCAACCUAGUCAAAGUAGGAAAUCAUGAUGAGGAGGAAGUUACAGGGGAAGGAAAGGUACUCCUGUCAGAUGAAGAUGAAGACGACAGGCUAACUUUCAGGAAGAGAAAGUGGAGGAGCAACAUGAUUGUAGAACAGGAACUGGUGAAUAUUAAGAAGGAGAAGCUGGAUCCUGAUGUAAACCUGGAGUUGGGAACUCUGUCAGACUCCCCUGCUCCUCCACUCUCAUUUGAACGGGGCAAUCUGUCCAGGAUCACUACUGGUGCCUCUCUCCCUUUUUCCAUUGCUCCUGUCAUCACACCAUUCUUAAGUCCUCAUAUUCUCUCACUACCACCUUCGGUGGUUGGAUUGGGGAUUUCUAAAGGUGCCAAACCAGAUCAAGGAAAACGCCCAAUCCUACCCAGACCGCUAGCCACUCACCUCUUUUGUGAUCCCUUGAAGGCACCACUGCUUGCCAGACACACAGCUCCAUGCCAAACCCCAUAUGGCAAAGAUGACAAUGAGUCUGCCCUAGACCUCAGUGUUGGAAAGAAUUGCAGCCCAGUGUCAGCUCCAUCCACUUCUACGUCUGCUAAUAAGAUCCCAGAGCAAAACCAGUUAUUCAAGAGACUUGGAUUGAAUGCAGUAACAAAGGGCGCUCCUGAAACAUCAGAUCUUAUUGUGGUCCAUGUCCAACCUAAGGGUACAUUUGCAGCAUCCAUGUCUCUCAACGGUAGCAUUAAUAAAAUAAACAAGGGCAUCAAGACUGCAGAGCAAAUCAAUAAUGGUAAGAGGGAAAAAAAGAGCAAAGGAGAACAGCAAGAAGAGAGGAAGUAUACUAGUAGAGAUAUUCAACUAUUACGGGGGCGUUCCAGAACAAUCAUUCAACCUGAACAGUUAGAUGUGCUCUAUGGUUGCUACUUCAAAGAACCAAAUCCUGCAAAGCAUGAAUUUGAGCGGAUAUCAGAAUGGGUCAAACUUCCGAAGAGGGUUGUCCAGAUUUGGUUUCAGAACAUGAGAGCUCGUGAACGGAAAGGGGAAGUCCGCUUUCUUGGCAGUGGCACACUGGCAGCUGUGGGCAAGCCUCUGAUAAAGUUCACCUGGCCACUUUCAUCACCGGUCUUAUCUAGAGGCACAAAUCCAAACACGGGUGACCGCAAACUCUGUAGGGUAACAGCAGAUGUUAGUUUAGUGGAUUCUUGUGUAAAAACACCACUUACUAAAGAUGUAGAGAGAGAGACCAAAAGCUUUGCUAAUGCAAAACUUAUGACUUGCUCCUCCUCAGAUGUCAAAAGUCUCACAGUGUCAAAGACUGGCACACAGCGAUCUUCUCCUAAGGCUAAAUCCUUUACCAAAGCCUCAAAUUUCUCUGUCCCAUUUGCAAUAAUAGAGACUCGCCCUCCUCGCUCACCUCAGAAAUGCAACAGAGACAAAGAUGAUGAACUGCAUGAUAAGGUAAAGGAAAAUAAUGAAGAUGAGCCAGAGAGUCAUAUUUCUGGGCCAGGAUCCACCAGUCGAAUGGCACCAAAAGUACCCCUAACACCUGUGGGCAAGCAUUCUGAUUCUCAAAAACAACGUGGUCUCUACUGGACUACCAAAGCUGCGUUAAGUAUGAACACGCCAAAUGAACAGAUGGGGUUCCCCUCUCACAGUUAUUUAUCCAGAAUCUCAAUGUCAAGUCCACCUGUGUUCUCGUCCAAUCCAGGGAUACAAUGCAAUAGCAACCUGCAGCAAUGCAUUCCUCGCCGACCACGGACUCUCCUUACCAACUUGCAACUGUCCAUUCUACAGUCGUGCUAUGAGAUAUGCCCUCAUCCAAAUGCAGCAGAGUGUGAGGUAAUGGGCUCGGAGCUGAAGCUGCCUCAGAGAGUGAUACAGAUAUGGUUCCAGAACACCCGAGCAAAGGAGAAGCGCUGGUAUCUCCAGCAGGAAAAGCAGAUGCUUGAUACAAAGGACUUGUCAUCCAGAGUAAACUUUGGUUCAAGCGGCUACCUUGAGUACAGAGCACUUCGGGCUAAUCGCCCCAUCUUACCCAAACCAGUUCAGUUCACGCUGCUGGUAUCAUCAGGACCCUCUGAUGUGGGCCAGUCAAGUCAUGAGGCUCUAAAGGGAAGGUGUGAGGUAUGCAGAGUUGGGUUUGAAUCCAGAGCAGCGGGAAGAGUUCAUGUCUUCUCCUCUCAGCACCUAUCUGCAUUGAAAGCCAGCAACUUUGGACAGUUACCCUCCCAUGUUAGCAAAGGUACUAGCAUAGGUUCUGGUACUGGUUCUGGAUUGCCAGUGGUUUCACCUCUCUCUCCAACCAGUGGUACAAGUUGAUACAUUGAUUUUAAGGUGCUGAAAGAGACCAUGGACCCAUGGGAUCUUUGCUUUUCAGUGGAGAGAAGCAUUUGUAUGUUUUUGUAUUCUGUUUGACAUCUGCAGGAUCCAGCUUAGUACUAAUUGAGUGGUACAUUGCUAAUGGUAUUAAAACUCCAUAUACACAGUGGUGUCAUUUUAACCUGGUCCUGGGUUCUGGUCAUGUUAGUAGCUUUCUGAAAAUAUGCUGAGCUGGCAGAACUAGGCUAGAACUUGGGCUCCUACUAACAGUAGGAGCUGAAUGCUACUUGCAGGGUGGGAGGAAAAUAAGAGCCCAGUUUUAAUAUAGUGGUUUAAGCACAAAACAUUUGCUUAAUUGUUGCAAACUGUCAAAUAAGCACAAGCUAUAUCAGAUAAAAUAUGCAGUCCUUGGACUAUAAACCAGCAAUAUGUUAACUGUGGAUUUAAGAAGUAAAAUGAAAGCAUCAGUCAGUCGUUCCGAUGUUGAGGACGGCUAAGCUUAGUUAGGCCUAUUUAAAAUGCCUUUUCUGAAUUAGUUGAGCUAACACUUGUAUCAUAUUCCCUAGGUUUACCUUACUCAAUUGAUGGGUCAACAGCUGUAGCUGUAUAUAGACACAGAGUAUUGAGGCCAGUGGCCUGCAAACAUGAAGCGCUUUUCACUUUACAAGAUGCAUGUCAGCUUAAAGAGAAAGAGAGGCCUCUUCACUUGCAUCAUUAAUUGAAAAUCUUACCCAGCAAUCAUAUGACUUGACAAUUUCUGAGACUAAUGUUGCCAGUGUGACGGCAGCGUGUUUAAUCAGUUGCUUAAUCGUGAGUUUGUGGUGGGCAGCUUAUCUGGUGUCAAAUCGUCCUGCAAGGCACACAUCCAAAAAUAACUAGGGGCCAAUGGGAAGAACUAGCUAUUCCUAUGACAAUCCAGCCUAGUUCUGACUGCACACUGCUGGAAAAGUCACUGCAGGUCCACCUUCUCUGGCGUUACUCAGGCUUGUUAAUUCUACCCUCAAGAUGUGCUUGGCUUAAUAAUUUGGUGAAGGCCAUGUAUGGAUGGAUUAUGGAGCUGUCAGGAAGUAACCCGUGUGAAAUCCGGUCCCGGGCUUGAAGCGGUUCCUCUCCUGUACACACUUGUGACGAUUAGAGACAAAAGCAGAGUAUGAGGUGUUAUAGGUAAAAGGUUGAGGUUCCCACGUAAACUGUUCUGGCUUUGUCGGAGAAGCCUAAGUGAUGCAUUUUUAUCACAUCAUACAAUAUCAGCCUAAGAUCUGCUACUGUUUUUACCACCAAGUCUGGGGGGGAUCCCUUCACUGAACACCAAAUAACCAUAUAAGGACCAGAGCUCACCACUGCAAAGUCAUACCCUGGAACAAAAAAUCAUUGAGCCAAAGUCUUGUACUACAUAUAAUUAAAAAUAUUUUUGUGCCAAUUUAGGAAAUUUUGUGGAAAAAUGUGUACAUAUAAUAUGUCAACUUGUAAAUUAAAAUCAUUCUUUGCAAAUCCUUCUCUUAGUCAAACAUUUUCCAAUUUAAUGAAGUUAAAGACAUUCUUCAUGCUUCUCACUGGCAGUAGUCCUGACAGGCUUGUUUAAACCAGUACCAGACUGUGAAAAGAGAGCAGGGGUUUUGUAUAUAUUGUUACAUUUUUUUCUCCCCUGAGGUAUUCUAAUGUGUUAAUGAGAUUGGGGUCAUUCUGGUGUCCUGUAAGGUAGCAGACUCACCUUUGGAUAUGUAAUACAUUACUGCAAAACACAAAGUGAACAGUAAGAUGGUGGUGAGAGGCAAAACUAGCUGAUAUAGAAGAGUGCAUAUUUUAAUUUCAUUAAUAAGUUGAAAUGCAGAGCAGUAUGACAGUAUGACAAUUGUAAAUUUUCUUCUAUUUUCAUUGAAAAACCAAAAAAUAUUUAGUCUUUUAAUACAAAAUAUUGACACACUAAUUUUUGUUUUGAUCCUGUCCAGGUUGAGUGGAAUGGAUUUAACUUGAUUACCUUUUGUAUUUAUUAUCCAGACAUGGUAACAUCACCUUAUAUUGAUGGUAAUGAUAAUACGAAGUCAUUUUAUGAUGUCUCAAAGUAUAAUGUUCUGUAAAUCGCUGCAAACGGGGAAGCGUAGCUCUGGUGACCAGCAGCAGAACCGUGCUCAGAGCCUGCAGUCAGUCCUUCAGUGGGAUACCACGCUGUGCUGAAGGGGUAUGACGCUGCUUUUGCACGAUGCUCUAAUCGGUUUGUCUAAUCACUUUGCUUUUAUUGCAUUUGCUUAAUAUGUGUUUUUAAUUAAAUGCUACUAUCUGCCCUGCCUAAGCAAUGACUUGAAGUUGAACUUGGGAUGGGAUUGUUGGCACUGCUGGAAUAUUCUCUGAGAUUCUUCUGCUCUCUGCCACGUGUUCUUUGGUUCAUGCUAAAGGAAAUAAAACUGUUUGAUUGCA